CUUCCGGAGGUCAAAGGUAGCCGUCCUGUUUGAAAACAUGGAUCCCAAAAAAGUGGAAGGAGGCAGCAUGAGUAGUGAUGGAGACAUUGGAGCAGUGAUGGGAUUCUCUGGGUUUGGAAAGAAAGCCCGAACAUUUGACCUGGAUGCUAUUUUUGAGCAGACACGUCGCACAGCUAUUGAAAGGAGUCAACAUGUGCUCGAGGAGAGGCUAAGGGAGGCCUCGGUGGAUGAGCAAGGCGAGAGCUCAAAAUCACUGAAACAGUCGACCUACAGUCAGAAAAAUAAGAAAGCUUCCGCUCGACAGAAGGAUGACAGCGAAUCAGAUGCUUCCUCAGAUUCAGAGGUCAUUGGUCCACCGAUUCCCUCUCAGUCUGCUGCCCAGGAACAGGAAGAUGAUGAACUUGUGGGUCCUCCUCUUCCACCGGGUUAUACAGGCAGUACGGCUGACAGCGAUGACGAAGAUGAGGAUACACAAGAUGAUGACGAUGAUAACCCAGUGAAAAAGAUCCCAGACACUCAUGAAAUUACUUUGCAGCACGGCACCAAAACAGUGUCGGCUCUUGCCCUGGACCCCUCCGGAGCCCGCCUGGUGACUGGUGGAUACGAUUAUGACGUGCGGUUCUGGGAUUUUGCCGGGAUGGACCAGGCCCUGCAGGCUUUCAGAUCCCUGCAGCCGUGCGAGUGCCAUCAGAUCAAGACGUUGCAGUACAGCAUCACGGGCGACGUCAUCCUUGUGAUAUCUGGCAGCGCACAAGCCAAAGUGCUGGACCGCGAUGGCUUCAAUGUCAUGGAGUGCAUCAAGGGAGACCAGUACAUCGUGGAUAUGGCAAACACCAAGGGACACACAGCGAUGCUGAACUGCGGCGACUGGCACCCGAAGAUGAAAGAAGAGUUCAUGACCUGCUCCAACGACGGCACGGUGCGCACAUGGGACGUGAAGUCGGAGAAGACGCACAAGUCUGUGUUCAAGCCGCGCUCCUUCCAGGGGAAGAAGGUCGUCCCCACGUGCUGCACCUACAGCCGCGACGGGAAGCUCAUCGCAGCGGGCUGCCAGGACGGCUCCAUCCAGAUCUGGGACAGAAAUCUCAGCGUCCACACAAAGUUCCACUGUCGGCAGGCCCACACUCCAGGAUCAGACACUUCGUGCCUCGCCUUCUCCUACGACGGAACGACUCUGGCGUCACGUGGAGGUGACGACACGCUGAAGACGUGGGAUAUCCGCAACUUCAGGAAGCCCGUGCACGUAGCGACUGGACUCACCAACUACUUCUCCAUGACCGACUGCUGCUUCAGCCCAGACGACAAGCUCCUCGUAACGGGGACAUCGGUGAGGAAGGACGAGGGAAGCGGGAAGCUGGUGUUCUUUGACCGACUUUCCUUUCAGAGGGUCUACGACAUCGAAGUCACCAAUGCAAGUGUUGUCCGCUGCCUGUGGCAUCCGAAACUUAACCAGAUAAUGGCGGGUACUGCGAACGGGCUGGUCAAGGUGUAUUAUGACCCAGUUAAAAGCCACAGGGGGGCGAAGCUGUGUGUCGUGAAGAGCAAGCGCAAAGAAAAGCACGCGGAGACGCUCACACAGGAUUACAUCAUCACGCCUCACGCCUUACCCAUGUUCAGAGAGGCCCGGCAGAGGAGCACACGCAAACAGCUGGAGAAGGACCGACUCGACCCGAGAAAAUCCCACAAACCCGAGCCCCCCGUGUCCGGACCAGGCCGAGGAGGAAGAGUGGCAGCUCACGGCGGCACGCUGUCCUCGUUCAUCGUGAAGAACAUCGCUUUGGAUAAAACGGAUGACAGCAACCCGCGAGAGGCCAUCCUGCGCCACGCCAAGGAAGCCAUGGAGAACCCGUACUGGGUCGCCCCGGCAUACAAAAAAACCCAGCCAGAGCCCAUGUUUGCAGAGGAAUCAGAGGAGGAUGAAGAAGCCGAGAAAGAACCCGAGUGGAAAAAACGCAAAAUCUGACAGCCUUCAUAGGAUAGUAGACAGGGUGAGCAGUCGAUAACAGAACAUGAAACUGUGCAUAGGAGCAUCACUUCAGUUCCUGAUCUGUCCUCCUCUUUUAUUCUGCUGCACAGUAGACUUCUUUUAUUUUUUUAUUUAACCGUGGAAGCGUAAUAUCUUUACAGGAAAACGUUGCCUGCAUUGUAAUUCGCGAGCCACUGGAAGAACUUGGCUAUUUAAGUCUGUUUUGAUUAUGAGGACUUUACCCUCAUCAUUUCCAUUGUCCUCUCGCCCCACAUCUCCAGAGUCUGCUAAUGCCUCAUAAAUCGGCUCCAGAUUUUUGCGGCCUGGAGUUGUUUAUCACAAUAAAGAGACGUUUUAAAGUUACUAGAACAUAAAUAGCAAAGCAGUAACACACACACACAAAAAAACGGGGUGUUUUUAAAACUUUGACAGCUUUUAAGAUGUGCAUUUUUGGGUUGUGAUUCAUCAAACACUCACAGGUAUUAUAGUUAUUUCUGUGCUCCCUGUUUUCCAGCUCAACCCCGUGAAUAAAGGGAUUUCUUCUCGUAUUGUGAAACGGUGAUGUGUUUUACCCAAAGCGAGGCAGACUGACAUGUGUUUUACCAGCUGAUCAAAGGAAUACUUCGGUUUAAUGCCUUCUCUGCGUGGCAGCGAGUCAAACCUGGAAACGGGAGGCGUACGGGCUACUUUCACCACAACCGUUAAAGACAUUUAAUGAUGAGUCACGGUUUAGUUUUAAAUUGAAUUCUUGGUCCUGUAGUGCUCACCACCCACGUUUGAAGGUCAGCGAACUGAGGUUUAUAUAAUGGAUACAUUAAAUUUCCUCUGAUAGGCCUCUGAAGGCCGUUUAAUUAAUUGGCCAAAAUCCAGUUUUAAAUAUCGUCGUGUUUAUUGAGGUACUGUUACUUUUACACCUGAUCUGAGUCUUUGAGCACAUAUUAAAAAAAAAAACGUCUCGUAUUAGGAAUCUUUUGAGUGACCUGUGAACAAUCAGAAAUAUUUAAACUGACAGAAAAAAAAAAAAAACCUCAAUUUAAAGUUUUAAUGAGAACCAUGGUGGUUUUCUGUAUUGUCUUUCUCUCUGGAAUAGAACUUUGUUUUCCGAGUGAAGCAAGAAGUCACAUCCCACUAAAGAAAUCGAAAAAUCAUCACAACGUCAAGAUUUCACCAUAAAUGUGCCGUUUUCACCGCGGUUCCUCGGCCAUAUGCUCCCCUCUGAUCCGCUGAUAUUAUGUUUCAGAUGCAUGACGGUUCUCAGUCUUGCGUGCCACAUGUUUCAUCCAGCUUUGUGUCUCUGCUCAGUGUCUUUUAAAGGGUGAAACCCGUACGCCGAUCUUUUUUUUUACCCAACAAAAAUUACGAGAAGACAAUUAAACGCCGGCGCGCUGGCGGUCGUCCCGCGGCAGUAAAACGUGAGACAAAGACAUACCAGAGCAAGAAAUAUGGAAGGACCCAAACAAUGAGGGAUGUAUUUAAGAGCAUGGAGUAAGUAGAGCUGGGCUUCACGGGGAGAGGAGAGGCUGACGUCUCGCUCCUCUGGAGAAAGAUUCCCAGCAGGCAGCGGGAGAUGAGCGACUCGAGUCGUGAAACAGUAGAAGGAAAAGUGAGUCUCUUCAUGCAGCUCAAACUAUGGCCUGUUCAAAUAGAGACUCAGUGGAGGUUUAGUUCACCUUUUCUUUUGAAGAAUUGGGACCAAAAUGAUUCGAGGAAACUGAACAACUGGCUAAAAGAAGCAGCCACCAAAAAUGAUCCAACUUGUGGAAUCAAUGUCAGGUAAAUUCAAAUUCUCAAAGAAAAAAAAAAACAAAGGCAGACACUACUUUUCACUGGUUC